CUGAACCCUAGGGUGAAUGACGUACAACGGAAGCCUUGGUGGCUCAAUUAUAGUUUGCAGGAAGCUACCCUGGCGGAAAACGCGUGUCUAUGGCAGGGUUAGAAGAAGGUGGAGAAGUAAUAUUCAGACGCGGAGCUGGACAGAGUAGUGAUUCUGAUAUCUGGGAUGAUACCGCGUUGAUUAAAGCAUAUGACAAAGCCGUUUCAUCAUUUAAGAAAGCUCUGAAGAAUGGAGACACAACAGUUGGGCCAGAAAUACCUGAAAAGAAUGCCAGAACUAAAAGAAAAAAUAAUAAAAAGAACAAAAGCAGAAAGAAGGCUAAUGCAGCACCCUUGAAAAAGUGGAGAGUUGGGGAAUCAUGUAAUGCAAUAUGGUCAGAGGACGGCAAUGUUUAUCCUGCCACUAUCUCUUCCAUUGAUGCAAAAAAGGGAACUUGCGUGGUUGUUUACACUGGUUACGGCAACAGCGAAGAACAGAAUUUGGCUGAGCUACGGUUCCCGGAUACCUCUGAAGCAGAAAGUGAUCAAAAGGAUCGAGAACAGGAUAUGAAUGGAGAUACAAGAUCGACAGAUGAAAGUGAUAUGUCCUGUAGAUCAUCUGAAAACAAGGUUCCUCAUAACAGAACCACACCAAAGUCCUCUAAUUGGAACUCUCACUUCCCUCCAGUACCACCUCCAUUUAUGCCUGACAUGGGCAGGCAGGAUAAGUCAAAUGAUGCUCCACCGUCCCUGUUUGGUUGGCCUCCUUCAUUUCCUCCAGGACCUCCUCUGAUUCCUCCUCCCCCUCCAAUGGGCCCAGAUACGUGUGAAGAUGAUGAUGCUUUGGGAAGUAUGUUAAUUGCCUGGUACAUGAGUGGCUACCAUACUGGUUAUUAUUUGGGUUUAAAACAGAGUCGACUUGAAGCUUCAUUUAAUAAAUAUCCUCAUCCGAAGUAACUAAGCAUAUUAUAAUCAACAUGCAUCUCUCCUACGGAGAGGACAUGUCUUUCCAGACCGUUAACACAGAACAGUGAAGACUAAAAGCUUCUGAACCUCGUCUGCCAUUCUGUUUUGAAUUUGGUCACUGUUUAGUAAUAUAUAUCAGUUUUGAUAUUUUGAGCUUUAAUACUAUGAUACUCCUAUCAUAGAAUUGUUUGCUCUAUAAAACAAAAUAUGUAUUUAAAAUGCUGUACUCUGACAACUAUUGUAAGAUAAGUGAUCUUUUUGUUCAAGGAGCAACAUCUGAGCUCUCUGCCACAUUACUUUGUCCUACUGAAAUAUCUGGUUUGCAAAGUUAUUAUUGUGUACUCCAUAUAUAUGAUGUGUAAACCACUCCCAUAAUCAAGAAACCAUAGCAAGCAAAAUGUAUGAAAAGUCCUAUCUCCAUCCAUUCCUGGUUUCGGUAAAGUCACUCCUUACUGCACUCUUGCUUGACUUGACGGCAUAGAUUAACAAAGGCACUGGUGAUGCUGGAGAACUAAAUUUGGCCAGUUUGUGAGGCAUUUCUAGCACCAAACAGUUGCUAAUCUUUGCAUCAAGUGAAUGCAGUGUGUAGUUCAGACAUUGACUACCUAUAGUAAUUGUACCACAGGGAUGGUCAUCGGUUUGUAGGUUUCUUUCAAAUUCCCAGAUUCUGGUUUCUCUCUUAUUAUGGUAUAGUGGUAGUUUUUUUUCUGUUGAAGGGACAUUUUAAUGCAAAUUAAUGGUUUAAUUUGUUAGAGCAUAAUUGUUUGUAUUAUUGUCCCUUUCUAACUAUAUUUUUAACUUAGACAAAAGGUUUAAACACACAGCUAAAUUCAUUAAGAGCCACAAUACAUUGCAGCUCCUAUGCAGGAUGCAGUUGAUAAACAAAGUAGGAGUGGCAUAUGGAUGUAGUCACCAAUCACCAGUUAUGUCCUGCUUAGGAGCUGCAACGUUCUGUGUUGUGUUUGCAGGACUUACGUAACAUUUUUAUUUUAGCACUAGAAUGUCUCUGUCUCUUUAAGCAUAUAGAUCUUACACUGAGGGGAUAGCAUGGUUGUAUAUUUCACAAGGGAAUGAAGGAAAUAUUGUACAGCAAUUACUGUGCAACAGGAACAAUUCAUUCUGCAUGCAAAUGUAGAAAAUUGUUUCAGCGUGAAAUAACUUUAGAAACAAAGUAUUAUUCUUUAGUUUUGGCCAAAAGAUUUUAGUAACUUUUGCUUCUAGUCAUCUAAAACUGACUUCUUUUUUUCUUUUUCUUUUUUAAAUAGGAUUUUUGAUGUUUUCUGGUGUGACUCAUGUUUUGAACUUUCUAGAUAAGGAAUAGUAAUGGUAAAACCUACACAAUUAUAACCUUUCAAACGUAAAGGUUAUGUUACAACAUUGUUAACAUCAUGUUUCUCAUUUUGUUUGUUAGUAUGCCUUUUUUUAUAAGGAACAAUAAAAUUAGCAUUUUCUUCAGAA